AUGGCUCAUGUCUUGCAUGAUAAUGUUGAGGCUGAGGUUAAAGUGACACAACCCGAAGGGCAAGUAUGGGCACCAAUGAAACUAUCACAACGGGGUGUAUCCUUCACCGUGGAGGAAGACAAUCUCCUUGUAUCAGGAUGGCUCAACAUUAGUAUAGAAGCUAUUAGGGGGACAGAUCAAAAGUCUACCCAAUUGUGGAUAAGAAUCCAUGAUUACUUCAAUACUUAUAAAAAACCUAAUUGGCCUGAACGUUCUAUGGGGUCGUUGACUAAUCGAUGGUCAACUAUCCAAAAAGCCACAAACAAGUUUUGUGGUUAUUUGGCCCAAGUCGAAUCAAUGCAUCCAAGCAGUACCAAUGAACAAGACAAGAGAAAGACAGGUUACUCUACUGUUCCAGCUGCUAAUGCCAUAGAUGUAGAGGAAAAUGAGAGCAUGUCUACCAAUUUGGAGAGGCCACUAGGCAAGAAAUUUGAAAAAGAAAGGGAAAGGAAAAGGAAACGCGAAGAAUUUUCACCUAGUCAAUUUGAUGAAAAGUUAAAUAAUAUGGAAAGUGAUAGGAGGAUAAUGAUGAUUGAGCGACGGGAGGUGGCAAUGAAGGCUGAUAGGACAAGGCUGAGAUAA